CUCACGAUGCUGCCAGCAACAUUCAAGCUUUGUGCCGGCAUUUCCUACAGACAUUUGCACAACAUGACAGGUUUGAAGAGACAAGCAGCGGUUGCCAUUGUCCAGGAGCUGAAGAAAGUUGCAUUUUCCAGGCCUGGUCCUACCCAGUGGAUCAACAAUGUACACAGAAGGAGUUCUUUGCUAGGUUCUAGGCUGGAAGAGAACCCUUUCAGUGAUACGGAGAUGUCCUACAUCAAACAAGGAGAGGAGGCUCUUCAGAAGUCUCUGAAUAUUCUUGGAGAAAAAAGUGGCUGGAAAACGGAGGCAGUGAUGGGCAAUGGCGACAAAGUCUUAAGCAAAGUGCUGCCUGACGUGGGGAAGGUGUUCCAGCUUGAGGUGGUGGUUGAUCAACCCCUGGAUUGUGUCUAUGAUGAGUUAGUGGAAAAGAUGGAGCAGAUGGGAGACUGGAAUCCAAAUGUUAAAGAAAUCAAGAUUCUCCAGAAGAUUGGCAAAGAUACCGUGAUCACUCAUGAAACCUCAGCGGCCACCCCUGGCAACAUAGUUGGUCCACGAGACUUUGUCAGCGUCCGUUGUUCCAAGAGGCGUGGAUCCACAUGCCUCUUAGCUGGCAUGUCAACCACCUACGCGGCCAUGCCGGAACAAAGAGGAGUUAUCAGAGCUGAGAAUGGUCCCACAUGCAUGGUUCUUCGUCCGGUCCUAGGAGAUCCCUCACAAACCAAGUUAACCUGGCUUCUCAGCAUUGAUUUAAAGGGGUGGCUUCCGAAAACACUAAUCAACCAAGUUCUUUCUCAAACCCAAAUGGAUUUUGCUAACCAUCUCCGCAGUCAUUUGACCAAAUCUGUAUCUGCGCAGGCCGUCAGAUACUGAAAAGAAAUUUCCCCACCUAGCAAUUCUUCCUGGAUGAUGAUCUCUCUCCAUCCCACUCAUGGAUCACUUACUGAAGACUCUAUCCCAGAGAAUUGAUGCUUAUCCCUCUUGAAAUUAACUCCUCUCUCCUGUUAACAUGCAGACUUCUUUGCUUUUUUGUUGCAUCCUUACGUUUAAGAGCCUCCCCUUAGAAAGAUGUGUACAAAGUUUGUGUUCAGGACUGCGGCAGAAUAAGAUAUCUGCUUCAGGUGGCAGGCACUGAAGGGGAUACCAAGAGAUAUCAAUGGUGAUAUCAACCAUGCAGUUUGCCGGGACCCACAAGGCUAGCCUGUUGCUUGCAUGGGCAAGGCGUUGCAUCUUACUUCUGAUCAGCUUCUAAAAACUG